GUUCCUCCUGUCGGAAGUCGGCUGUGUGGCUUGUCUCUGGAACGCGCAAGACGUACAUCCUUGAGAGGAGAUACUUCACACAUUCUGACGCCGACAUUGACAAUCCUUUGGGUCGAGGAAUUGCUGCUGCAAUGGGAGAAAGACGAGUCGUCCUGGAGGUUCAAGCUCGCGACGGCAGGAGGUUGAACAUCGAGACGGCUCUGCCAGGAGGGGAGUGCACACCGACAACAACGCUGAAGCUCACCCUACCCGCGCUCGCCCCUUCCGAGGCCGCUUCUCCGGCCGCUUCCUUCCUCAGAAUCAACAGAGAUCCCGCCAACUUGCUCUUGGGGUACCUUGCACCGGAAAGUUGGCUCGAGGUGGAACAGGCCUGCAGAGCGGGACGAGUAGCGGUUGCAUCCUCCCGGUGCUGGACGGACAAACGGGUGGGAGACGGGAAAGGGAAGGCGGUCUACGUGCGCCAGCGGCGCGCGCUGCAUCGCGUCUCUAGAGCGUUCCAGGACCUCCGCCGUUUCGCGCGUUCCCCGGCGAGCGUGUUUAACCCCGGCGCGACACUGGCGGACACGAUGAACGCCGAGCAGCGGACAGGCGUCUUGUUCCCGGACGAAGCCCGGGCGUCGUUCCUCCUCUUCGACGGCCAGGCGCGCUCUGGCUGGCUGCGCUCGGAGGGCGUCAUCGGCGGGUUCGAGCUCCUCUCGCUCGCGGAAUCCGUGGAUCUCAUGCUGGAGGAGGCGUGCUUCCGCGGCGAGUCGGGACCUCCGCCGGAGUUCGUGCCGCUGGCAAACCGAAGAAAUAGCAACGAGUGGCUUGCGGCAGAGGUGGGCGGGGGAAGAGUGUGCGUGAUCAAGCCGCUCAGCAGACCUAAGGUGGUCGCGAGCUCCUGGUCUCACUACCUCCGCGUGCAGUAGCAGUGCGCGAUGCGAUGCGAUGUCCAUACAGAGAGGUUGUAGCCCCGCGAUAGUGAUAGGGCGCUUUUGGUAUGUGUGCAGAAGUUUAUGUAGAUGACUGCUGUCUUGACGAUCUUGUCGGCUAUGUAGAUAGCGCGGGAGACGGAAACGACCAGACCUCUCUCUGUCCCCGCGUGCUUCAAAGAUCGGCCAGUCUAUCCACGGAGUUGCAACUGACAGUUUGCAGGACAAUCUUAUUGUUUGACUUGGUGGAAUUGCGCAGCAACGUGGCGCGGUUGGAUGAUUUUGCUUUGUUUUCCCGCUGCCGGCGAGACGGCUAGCGCUUGUCCUCUGUGCCGUGCUAAGCCCGUUUUUGGUUGAAGACUGCGGGGGGGAACAAUGGGAUUUUGUGUUUGUAAGUAUGCCUGUGGCGACACAGUCCGUCCGUGACGGUCUCUACAUUUAGUGUAUAACUGGAAAACCCUUGAAGAGUAUCAUGGGGAAAGGUGUACCGGUACAUGUUUUGAUAGGCUGCUGCCGCCGACGCUCCCCAGAUUCUCGCUUGAUGUUUUUCGUGGAUGAGCUUGCGUUGCCACACACGGGCGACGUGUUGGAAUAGAAGGCCAGGACGUAUUUCGAAGAUAUCAUUCCGACGCCUGGUCACGUUCCCAUGUGCAAGUUGAUGUGGAAGUACACGUGUUCCUUACGAUCCGCUCUGUACGCAUUCUCUGACAACGUAGCAAUCUCCUACCUCGAUUUGCACCCGAAAGGUCGAUGAUCUUAGUGGAACUGCAUGUAAGGUGGAGCUAUUUGUGACACGCAGAAGUGUUCUCGAGGACCCAAGAGACGUGUGCCUACAUUGCGAAAUAACGAAAUAACACGUCGUCGAAGAAGCGAUGUAAGUGGUCAGCUCUGCAAUGUUUCUUGUGUAUCCUGG